GUUGUCAUGGAGUUGUAGGCUGGCAACUGUAAACAAUUACGAUCUUUGUCUCAUAACUUUACACGUUCUCCUUGGCUGUUUAUUUUUGGUGGCAUAUUUCAGGAAGAUGAGACUCAAGAUUUCAUUACAAAAAGAACCGAAACAUAGUGAACUUGUCAGCUGCGUCUGUUGGACAUCUCCCGAAGAAGUUUAUUCAGCAGCAGAUGACCAUCAAAUUCUAAAAUGGAACUUAAACCUAAACGAAACCAGCAAAUUUGUGACGUUACCUGAUGGUGUCUACCCUACCAGUCUUUUAUGGACCCCAAAAGAUGCCGGGAGCGGGAAGAAAGUUGGUUCCGAUACAUUUGUUCUUACAUCAACUGAUGGUAAAAUCCAUUAUAUUAGCAAGUCUGGUCGCCUAGAAAAAAGCAUUGAGGCCCACAAGGGUGCCAUUCUUUGUGGAAGCUGGUCACAUAACGGAGAAGAUUUUGCUACAGCUGGAGAAGAUGGACAAGUGAAAAUUUGGUCAAAGCAAAGGAUGUUAAGAUCUACUUUAGUUCAGAACAGUGCCCCUAUUUAUUCAUUGGCUUGGGCCCCAGACUCCAAACAACUGGUAUUUACCAAUGGCAAACAGUUGAUUAUCAAAGCACAGCAAGCUGGUUCUAAACCUAUCAUGAUUUGGAAUUCCUAUGGAGUUCCGAUGUAUUCCAGUUCCGCCUACGACUAUCCGAUAACUUCUUUGGCCUGGAAUCCUAGUGGAGAACUGUUUGUUGUUGGCUCCUUCAGCAGUCUUCGACUCUGUGAUCGCAGCGGGUGGUCCUACGCCCUGGAAAAACCCAACACUGGAAGCAUUUUCUGUUUGGCUUGGUCCACUGAUGGAACUCAAGUUUCUGGUGCUUGUGGCAUUGGUCAAGUGAUUAUCGGUCAUUUAGUUGACAGGAGACUAGAAUGGAAGAAUUUUGUCAUUACUGUGGUCAGCAGCAACCAAAUCGACGUCCAUAAUGUGUUAGAUGAUGUUAAAGAGAAGCUGGAUUUCAGAGAUCGCAUCAUUAAGAUCUCUUUCUCAUUUGGAUAUCUCGUAGUAGCCACGGCCUCACAGGGCCACAUUUACAGUACCAAGAACUGGAACACACCAAUAAUAUUUGAUCUAAAAGAUGGUUGCGUAUCACUGAUUGUCCAAGCAGAGAAGUAUUUCUUGCUAGCUGAUGGUGCUAACCUGAGCAUACUUUCCUAUGAUGGGAGAGUACUAAGUCCCAUAAAAUUUCCUGGACUCAAAUCUGAGUUAUUGACCCAAGUCACCGUAUCACUUAGUAAUGACACACUCGCUGUCCGAUCAAAGCAUGAUGAAAAAGUAAUUCAUCUAUUUGAAGUCAGUACCGGUAAACCAGUGGGGGAUGGAAAACCAAUUUCCCAUAAGUUGGAGGUGGUUGAAAUUGCUUUGGACCAGUGUGGUCAUGCUAACGAAAGACGUUUGGCAAUUGUUGACAGAAAUCGAGAUCUUUAUUUAACAACCGUCCGUUUGUUUGGCCAUACCAGAACAUUUCUAAAACUUGGCUCAAUGGUUCAGUCGCUGUCAUGGAACGACUCUUGCAACAUGCUGGCCACUCUCUCAGACGACCGCUUCCUCAUAUACUACUACCCUAAUGCCAUCUACGUCGACAAAGAUCUCCUGCCAGAAGUCACCGAAGAGAAGGACACCAGUGAGUACGGCAAAAACCCCCAGAUUCUGCAGUUCCUCGGUAAUCAGGUGGUGAUGCGACGUUCUGAAGGGUCUCUUGUCAGCUCCUCAAUAAAACCGUACCCGAUGCUUCUUCACGGAUACGUGAACGGGGGGAAGUGGGAGGAGGCCGUGCGACUUUGUCGCUUUGUCAAGGAAGAUAAAAUAUGGGCUUGUUUAGCUGGAAUGGCUGCAUAUGCAAAGGAGCUGCCAACAGCAGAAGUUGCGUAUGCUGCUUUGAAAAAGGCUGACAAAAUUCAAUAUAUUGCCCGAAUCAAAGACAUACCAAUUAAAGAAGCUCGCAAAGCGGAAAUGGCGCUAUUCUGUGGCAACAUCCAAGAUGCAGAAGCUAUUUUAUUGCAGGCUGGCCUUAUUUUCCGCGCCGUUAUUCUUAAUGUAAAGAUGUUCAAUUGGGAACGUUCGCUUGAACUUGCUGUGAAACACAAGACACAUGUUGAUACGGUUUUAGCAUACAGACAGAAAUAUCUGCAAAACUUUAAUAAAACUGAAACAAACAAGAAAUUCCUUCAGUACAUGGAAACGAUGGAAGUGGAAUGGGAACAGGUGCAAGCUAAAAUCGCCAAGGAAUAUCAACAGGAGAAAGAACGAUCGCCUGCGGUGACAAGCAGCCGAAUGAAGUAGCAUUACUCAAUCGGUCAACUGUGCUAUACAGGAUGUAUAUUUCUUUGACUGGGUCACUGUAUUUCUGUAGCAUGGACUUGUUUUAUGGGGGUCUCCAUUUACUACGUGUAUUCAUUCACCCAUUUACACUGUUUCUUAGUCUCUGUCUCAUGCAUACAAUCAUAGUAAAGUAGACGCCAGUAGAUUUGAUGUAGUAAGUGAAGAAAUGAAACUUACGUGAAUUAUUAUUAUUAUUAUUAUUAUUAAUAUGGCGGCAAGUUGGUAGAAUUGUUAGCACGAUGGGUGAAAUGCUUGGCAGUAUUUCAUUUGUCUUUAUGUUCUGAGUUCAAAUUCUGCCGAAGUCAACUUUGCCUUUCAUCCUUUUGGGGUUGAUAAAUUAAGUACCAGUUGAGUACUGAGGUCGAUGUGAUUGACUGCCCCCCCCUCCCCACAAAAUCCAAGCCUUGUGCCUAUAGUAGAAAGUAUUGUUAUUAUUAUUAUUAUUAUUAAGGUUGUGAGCUGGCAGAAAUAUUAGCAUUCCUGGCAAAAUGCUUAGCAACAUUUCAUCUGUUUACACGUUCUGGGAUCAAAUUCCACUGAGGUCGUCUCUUUACAUUGUGAAUUCAAAUUCCAUUAAUGUUGGUUUUGAAUUUCAUCCUUUUGAUGUUGAUACAAAAAAAGUACCAGUCAGAUACUG